CAUCGUAUGGUAAUGCUUAUUAUUAAACAACAGGUAAUGCUUAUUAUUAAACAACAGCACCUCCUCGUCUGUAGAUCCCAUCUUCCAACCCAAUCACAUUCACUGCCACCCGUUUUCCCAUUUCGAACAACUCAUCUCCCCAAAACUAAAACCAAAACUCCUCUCUUCUUCCUCCAUAAAUCUUUCACCACCACCACCCUCCUCCUCCUCCACUCCAGUAAUCCACCACCACCACACAAGGACAUCUAUUCUCAACUACACCACCUUUCUACCGCCUCAUUCUCUUCUUCUUCUGGAUCUCCUUUUUUGUUUCCGGCGAAGAUGGUUCCCAUCGAUCCCUACGUUUUCUGGACUUUCUUUGCCUCCAUUUUGGGUUUUUUGGCUCUUUGGGUUCUACGUCGCCAUAAUGCCGGUGUCAACAAGAAGAAGACGACGGCCACGCAGAUACUUUUGAAUCAAGAAGCCAGGAUCUCCGACGACGGAAGAGAUUUCCGGGCCGUUUCGGGGUCUGAUACCGACGUUUUAAUUGUUGGUGCCGGAGUUGCUGGCUCCGCCCUUGCGUGUACUCUCGGCAAGGAUGGAAGGCGAGUUCGUGUAAUUGAAAGAGAUUUGACCGAGCCGGAUAGAAUUGUGGGGGAGCUUCUUCAGCCAGGGGGAUACCUGAAGCUAGUAGAAUUGGGUCUUGAAGAUUGUGUGGAGGAAAUUGACGCUCAAAGAAUACUAGGAUAUGCUCUUUUCAAGGACGGGAAGAACACCAGUCUUUCAUAUCCUUUGGAGAAGUUUCAUGCAGAUGUAGCUGGGAGGAGUUUCCACAAUGGGCGUUUUAUACAAAGAAUGAGAGAAAAAGCUGCUACUCUUCCCAAUGUUCGAUUAGAGCAAGGUACUGUGACAUCCCUGGUUGAAGAAAAUGGGACGAUUAAAGGGGUUCAAUACAAAACAAGGGAUGGCCAAGAACUCAAAGCUUAUGCUCCUCUAACAAUUGUUUGUGAUGGCUGCUUCUCGAAUUUGCGGCGCAAUCUUUGUGACCCCAAGGUGCAAGUGCCCUCAUGUUUUGUAGGUUUAGUUUUGGAGGACUGUCAACUCCCAUAUGCAAAUCAUGGGCAUGUUAUUUUAGCUGAUCCCUCUCCCAUUUUGUUUUAUCCAAUAAGUAGCACCGAGGUUCGCUGUUUGGUUGAUGUGCCUGGUCAAAAGGUGCCUUCCAUUGCUAAUGGUGAGAUGGCCAAGUACUUGAAGACUGUGGUGGCUCCACAGAUACCACCCCAAAUUCAACAAGCCUUCGUAUCAGCUGUUGAUAAAGGAAACAUCAGAACCAUGCCAAACAGAAGUAUGGCUGCCAAUCCACAUCCUACACCUGGAGCUCUUCUACUGGGUGAUGCUUUCAACAUGCGUCAUCCGUUAACUGGCGGAGGAAUGACUGUAGCUCUAUCUGAUAUUGUUGUUCUACAGGAACUUCUCAGUCCUUUGCGAGACCUAAACAAUGCAGAUUCAUUGUGCAAAUAUCUCGAGUCCUUCUACACCUUGCGCAAGCCUGUGGCGUCUACAAUAAACACAUUGGCAGAUGCCUUGUACAAGGUAUUCUCUGCCUCCCCUGAUCAGGCAAGGAAGGAGAUGCGCCAGGCAUGUUUUGACUAUCUAAGCCUCGGAGGUACUUGUUCAACUGGACCAGUGGCCUUACUUUCUGGUCUGAAUCCUCGCCCUUUAAGUUUAGUUCUCCAUUUUUUUGCUGUGGCUAUAUAUGGUGUUGGUCGCCUUCUACUUCCAUUUCCAUCACCCAAACGAAUGUGGAUCGGAGCAAGAUUGAUUUCGAGUGCAUCAGGCAUUAUAUUUCCCAUAAUCAAGGCAGAAGGACUACAGCAGAUGUUUUUCCCGGCAACCAUACCAGCAUAUUAUAGAGUUCCUCCUGUCAAGGGAGAAGAUACCAAGAACAUAUGAACCAAAGAGGGGUUCUUCCUGGUUGGUUCCACUUCCACGUGCAUUUUUUCCAUUAAGUUAGAAACUUUCAUUCCUUCCCAAAAAAAAAAAAAAAAAAAGUUGGAAACUUUCAUUAUUUGUAUUGACAAACCUUAUUGUAGAACCUCCAACAGAAAAAAAAAAUAGUAAUUAUUAUUGUAGAAAAAGAAAAGCCUAUGAAUAUAUGUUUUAGGUUAUAAAACUGAACAUAAUUUAGAAGUAAAUUUUAUUCAUGUGUAUUUCAUUAUAAAGUGUGGAUGGGUUAUUGGUCAUUUUGGACAAAGUUGGGAGUUAUAUUUACAUUCCCCAAAGUUAUACAAGUAUUUUUAUUUUAA